GACUAUAUGAGGAGCGAGUAACCAUAGUGACCAUAUUCAUCCGCAUUAAUCUAUCAACUCAUUUUUAAGAUUCAAUCCGAAUUAAAAAUCUUCUUUUAGAUUUUUAAAAUGUCAUUAAUCAAAUUUAAAUCAAAAUAUAGUAUUAUAAUUUGGAAAAUUGAAUGAAAAUUAACCCGCGAAAUGGAGUUCAUAGGAGUCGCGCAUGAGCAUUUGUUUACAACACAGGAGUAAAUUGGUCGUAUACACGUGCAUUGUUGUGAAUGUAAACAACGAUCCGAAUGUCAAGACUGAACACUGUACACGGCAAGUGCAGUAAGGAAUUCUUGCCGUCAUCUAUAUCAGCCUUAUUUAAGUGAAAGAACGUCGUUCGUAUUCAGGCAGUGACAAAUAUUAAUAAGAAAUGGCAUCGGAAUCGUUGGAUUGCAGUCCGCCCAAGUCUGCCAAGCUCAAGAGCCCUACCAUCGCGGGGACGAGAAAGGGGAAGAGGUCGGUGGCUCACAGACAGCCGCAGGGACAAUCGGCCGGUACCGUCCUCACAAACAGGUCCAAAAGCAUGACUGUCAUCACUCCUCUUGAUGAUCGUAAAUCUGUAAUCGCUCCUUCACUUUCAAAAGGAACACGAUGGAUGCAUAGAUCUACCAUUACAAUGGAAAGAAAUCCACAACCACCAGAUUUUACCACAUCUGCUCAAGAGUCUUAUAAUGGAAAUAAAAUGCUUCCCGGAGCUCGUAGGCCGACUGCUUGUCCAACUCUCCAUUCAUCUCAUUUUGACAUUGGUCUUAAUAAGAAGCUGUACCACAGCACACAUUACAAAUCACACUUUCCUCACCAUGAUGUUGAUCAUCCCAACAAGCUUCACCAUCAAUCGAUCACAAACUGGACCCACAACGUCAGGGGCUCAAAGAUGCAUGAUGUAUUAAGCAGAGAAGGUCACUCUGCAGAUUACUGGAGCUCAUAUGCGCAUGUUCAUAAUAGAUUGGGAUUACAGCGUGGUGAAGGAGUCUCCAGAGCCAGACAGCCAUUGCCUUCCUAUAACAUACUCACAGGCCAUGAGACAGGAACAAAUACAGACCGAGAUCUUCAUUUGAUAUCUGGUAACCGUGUUCUUCAUUCCGUACGUCAAAUUCCAGAGCAAAGCCUGAUACUUCAAUGAUCGUAAAUCAAAGCCUUGUAUGUCAAGGACCUUUGAAUAUUCCAUGUGUUUUAUUCAACUUAUUAGUCUUGUAGAAGACUUAUCACAUGGGGUUGGGCAAAGAUUUUGACACACCACUGCCAAAAAUCCUAAGGCUCAUUUUAUAAGCCCAGUGAAGCUUGGGCGAUAGUAGAAACAGACUUGAAACCUGUUUGGAAAAUGUAAAUAUCUGACAUAAUUAUUAUUAUUUAUCAAGCUGUUGUCCGUCUGUAAUAGCUUUACAGAAAUUGACAUCCCUAAACGUUUUCAUACUCAAGGAUUGUGAUGCACAAUUUUUAUGUGAGAGACUAAAAAAUAUUGAUGCAUAGAUUUUGCAAAAUCCAAACAAUUUUUUUUUUUCUUAAAUCACUGAAGUGUGUUAAAUACAAUCCUCCAUGUUGCUAAUGGACAUUGUUAAUAAGAGUGAUUUCCACUUUAUUUGCAAAUACCUGGAGAUUUCACAAAUAUUUAAUGUAUGGAUAUCAUGGAUAUUUAUUAUUAUGGAUGUUAGAAUAUUGCUUUAAAUUUAAUUAUUUUAGUUGAACACUGUCUCAAACAAUUUUUGAUUUAGUAAUUAGAAAUAUGUCACAAAGCCAUGUCUGACUUUUAUGCCUUAACCCCAUGGAUUGACACAGAAAUAGAUCUCUAGGAUAAAGUGGCAUUAUUGAGUGAAAGAUUUGUUUGACUCUGAACAAAUAAAUAUAAUUAAUAUCUUUUUUUACUCUUUGUUAUUGACAAAGAAAUUUUUGGUCUUUCCUUGAUGUUUUUCUGAUACUCAUUUAUAUACUGCAACAUAAAAACUGGCUGAUAAACACUGAUGUUUUCCAUUAUUCGUCCGUCCAAGUUACUCAGUAUCUGAGUAACAUUUUUCAUCAUUGCCAAUACAUAAAAGAACACAAAACAGUCUUCCUACUUAUAUCGUCUUUCAAAUGGCCCAAGUAAUUGCUACUGAAACACUUUGUCACAGGCACAAGGAGCAAUUGCAAAUAGUACAGAUUUUUUUCUUCUCUGUAUUCAUCCUUAAAUACAUGUACAUUGUAAUUCAAUGAGCAAGGUUAUUGGUUUAUUAGCUAUUAGUUAAUAAUGAAAUUGGUUUGAAUAAACUUCAGUGCUUAUAAUAAUUCUGUUGAAUUGACCACGAAAUGUAUUAUCAGUCGAGUAAAUAUGUUAUGUCAUAUUCGACUGGUGUAAGUUAUGUUAAUUUGGUCAUUGAAAAAUCAAAAGGAAUCACCUCAGAUUUACUCUUGUGAAACACCAUUAGGAUCAUGUACCACCGAUCUAUGUAAUUGAUCUUAAAAUUGAUUUGUAUGAUCAAUGCCAUAUAAUUGUCAAUUCUAACAAUGGUAAAACUUAGCCAUAUAUUCAAUUGAUAAGCUCUGUGUGAUGUGUCCCAGUUGUCCUUCAGUAUAUUUAAUCAAUGGAUUAUUCAUUGAAAAAAGGUGUGAUAACAUUAUCGAGUUAAGAAUGGGGCUGUUUGUCAUUGUACUGAAAAAGAUAUCAGGUAGGACGGUUUGAUUGCUUUAGCAAACAGUUUGAUCACAUUUUGAUAACUA